AUGAACCCGCAAUCACACUCAGUAGCCUCUCUGCAGAUGGCGCCUGCCCUGAGACCGCCCUCUGAUCCAGAGACAGUGAGCCUGACGGAGUCGCUUAUACUAAAAUUCCAACAGGAGCUCAACAAGAGCGACGCACACGGCCAGAAUACCGCUGGCCAGUCUGCGAAGCGCCGCGUGCGAGACAUGGUGCGACGGUCGCCGCGAAAACGCGCCGAUCGGCCUUCUUCCCGAGCUCGUUUCCAGUCUCUGUUCAGCAAGAAAGGCAAGAAGAACCAACAAACGUUUGAGGAUGUGGGCCAGGAUGAGCGCAGCACGUUGUUUUCGUAUCCGUCGGCGAAAAUUACGCUCUACGAAGUGUCGCGAAUAAACGAGUCUGCAGCCGACGAAUUUCAGCUAGGGCGAAGCGGCAAUAUUCUUGGCCAUGGACAGUUUGAAAUUUACCAGAUUCAGAACAAGAGCAUCACCUAUUUUUCGUGCGGCUCGGUUGUGUAUCCGAUCAUGCCACGGCUUAGGGUGCUGAAAAUUAGCGCAAGCUCGUUCGUUGUUCCGUUGUACAACCCCGAACGAUAUUGGAAAAUCACGUUAUUCACCCAAGAUGCAGCAACAAUAGCGCAACUGGACUCGGUUUUCAGGGGUAUUUGCCAAUUUUGUACCAUGUGCGAUUCGCAGGAUGCAGAGGAAACGGCUGAGCAGCCCGGCGAAGAGCCCGUUGAGGAUGGUGUGCCGUCUGCGUCGCUGAGUCCGUCGCAUUCGCUGUCCUCUUUGAAUUCGACAAUAGCAUGUUUCAAUUUGAGCAAGGACAUUGAAACAAGCGAGGCCGAUUUUCUGAAACACCCAACGCCUAUCAAGUUGAAAUCCGUGUCAUCGUCUUUAGACUCUAUUUUGGACCGGUUCCAGCUGGACUCCGACGAGGAGGACAGAGACGAUAAAAUCGACAAGGCGACGACAGACGAAAACGAGUCCACGGUCAAUUCCAGUACCAUGAUGUCUUUUGAAGGCGACAGCAAGGCUCGCACACUCAACAAGAGGUACUCCUUGACGUUCAAAGAGUGCGACGUGAGCAUUUCAAGCUUGGACUUCGACAUGGGUUUUUUGAAAGAGGAGGACGAAAACAACGAGGUCAACGGAGCUAGCAUCCUAAAGGGCUCGCGCUCGAUGCAGCUGCUGAAGCCCGCUACUGCCAGACCCUGGAGCACGCGAGUGUUUGGGUGGUGA